UUCCACGUCGAUUUUUCUCAUUGUUUCUUCAACUCACCACUAUCACAUAGAGAGAAUAUAGAUGGCUCUCACGGGUAAAGUAGAGACUGAAGUUGAAGUUCACUCACCUGCCGCUAAGUUCUUCAACUUCUUUAUCACUCAACUUCAUGAUCUUCAUAACAAUACUGAUGUAAUCCAUGGAGCUAAGCUGCAUCAAGGAGAUUGGCAUAGCAUUGGAUCUGACUCUAUCAAGCAGUGGACUUACACUGUCGAUGGCAAGGUCCAAACUUGUAAAGAGCACAUUGAGGAGAUUGAUCAUGAGAAAAAGUCAAUCACAUUCAACCUAUUUGAUGGAGAUAUUGGUGAGCAGUACAAAAGCUUGAAGGAAAAGCUUCAAGUGAUUGAUGAAGGUGAUGGCACUGCCCUUGCAAAAUGGACUUAUGAAUAUGAGAAGCUGCAUGAGGGAAUCCCUUCCCCAGAACCAUACUUGGACCUUAUAACUAAGGUUACUACAGAUGUUGAUGCUCGUCUUACUAAGGCAUAGCCUUUAAAACAUCACUGCUUCUACUAAAGUGUUUGAUCUUUGUGAGUGUGUUUAAUUAUAAAUUGUUGGUUGUAUUAAUAUAAUGGGACAAUCGUAUCUUUGUGUUUAAGAUAAUUUUAAAUUUUAGUUUCAUCCUUAAAGCCAGUUUAGUACACUAUUAAAAUACGACCCCAUAAUGUAAGAUUCAAAUCCGCCAGUAUGAUUAUCAUGAAUCUCAACUACGAUUGAUCGAAA